AUGUCUAACACCUCCGCGCCCUCCCAUCUCACGACUUCGUCCACGAGCAACACCAAAUUUCCUCUGUUCGAGGUGCAAGGCGACAAACCCGUGCACUAUGGUAUCCUGCUCUUCCCUGGUUUCCAGGCGCUGGACGUCUUCGGCCCUCUUGAUGUCUUUAAUUCACUUGCAACAUUGUACAACUACCCUAUGAGACUCACCAACCUCGCUGCAAGUCCGGGGUCAGUACCUACGCAUCACCCAUCGACGAGCAGUCUCAUACCGGUCCACGCACAUCCACUGUCGCGCUUCUCAGAAAACCUGGUCGUUGAUCGCACGCUUGACGAGCAGCUCAGCGUUCAAGUGUCAGGACCGAACGGCGAAAGAAACGAGGAAGCAAUCGAUGUCCUCAUUGUGCCUGGCGGUAUUGGCGUACGUGGUGAUGUCGCACAGCACAUCGACUUCGUUAGGAAUAUGUAUCCGUCUCUCAAAUCAGUCUUGUCCAUAUGUACUGGAUCGACAAUCUUGGCCCGUGCCGGUAUUCUGGAUGGCCGCCGCGCCACGACCAACAAAAGAGCAUACAAAUGGGCGACCAGCACCGGGCCGAACGUUCAUUGGGCCGCCAAAGCCAGAUGGGUGGUAGAUGGAAACAUCGUGACUAGCUCUGGCAUAUCCGCAGGUAUUGAUGCGUCGUACGCUUUUGUAGCGUUGAACUACGGGGAGCAUAUUGCAGCAAGCCUGGCGGAUAGUGCAGAGUACGUUCGCUGGAUGGACCCCGAACACGAUCCCUUCAGCAUUAGGUGGAAUGUCACCCAAGAGUGA